AUGUCAACAUAUAUCAGGGGGCCUGUAUGUGGUGUUGAUAACUGUCCGUCUCGUCUAUGGCGGGUUAUUAACGGUAGAAGAACGUGCCAAUACGGUCACGUUAUGGAAGGUGAUGUCGAAUUCAACGACGAUGACGAUAAUGUCAAUGUAAUGUCUACUAUGACUAGAAGAAUGAACUUAACAACUAAUGCUGUAGGGAGUUUUCAAUCUAACUUAAGUAUGUCACAAUUACAAGAAUCACAAACUUCAAAGCAUCAGAGCAAGAAGCUUUAUGGGCAGGAUGCAAAUUUAUUAUUUUUAAAGGCGUUCCAACUCAUCUUGAGAAAGCAAUGUUCCACAUUAAUAAAUGAUUUUGGGUUUCCUACGUUAUUUACAGAUGUAGUUAAGUUAAUUUGGAUGAAAUAUCUUGAAUCUAUCGAUCGUGAUAAUAGAAAAUUGGUUUCAAAUGAGUUUAGUGAUGGUGAAAUUGGUGGUGAUACAGAAGUAGACGUACCUAUAAACGAUCAUACUGAACAUAAAGUGAGGAAGCUAGGAUUACACAUGUCAUCCACAAUAGCCAUGCUAUAUAUGGCAUCUGUUCAUCUUGGUUUGCCUGUGUAUAUGAAUGAUUUCAUUCAAUGGAUCUCAACAACAAAAUUACUAUAUUUCAAAGCUACAGAAGUUCUUCCAAAACAAUGGCGUAAACUAUUACCAAAUCACUACCUUGGAAUACUAGAAGGUGGGUCCCCACCAAAUGAAAUACAACUGCUCAAUAAAGUGACGUCGCUUAGUAGAAGAAUACAAUUCAAUACUGUAUUUAACUCGAUCUUAAAUUAUCGAGGAUUGGUAUUAAAAUUGGUCUUGGCCAUACCGUUACCACCCGAAUUCUACAUUUACACUCUUGAGUUGAUUGAAUUAUUAGAUGAUGGCUCCAAUUUUCAUAUAAUUGAAAGAGAAACACGUAAUUUUACGCAAUAUCAUUUUUAUGCUGAAUUACGAACAAUCUCGUACUUCAUCCUUACAGUAAGAUGGAUACUUAUGGCAGAUAAAGGUAAUCGCUACAGUAAUAGAUGGAUUGUUGCACUACUACAACAGUCACAAGCUGAUAGCGUAGCUGAUUGCAGUGAAGUCACAUUGGAUGAAAAUGUCAAAAAUUCUCUUUAUCCUGAAAAUAAGGACAGUUUUGAAUGGUCAGAAAGAGAAACAUUAGACUAUCUUGAUUGGAUUGAAAAAUCGUUUCUCUCUAAGCAGGGCAAAGGUCCGAGCGAGACAGACGAUAAUCUUUCUGUAGAUUAUAGAAUUGCAAGAAGAAAACUUCACCAGAUUUUGCCUAUCCAAUCCGAGAAGUAUCUAAUUCCACCUCGUUCCAAAACACGGCAGACAUUUAUUGAAGAAUUGCAAGAGAAGUAUGCCCAAAUACAGGAUACUCUCAUACAGGAAAGCCAUGAUCCUCCCAAAGACAAUGGCCUUGAAAGUAUUCAGCGUCCCAUACUGAUAGCUCAAUUGGGAGAACUACUUACUAAAAAUAUCUCAACCAAUUUCGUGGUGCCUUUAGAGCGAUUGUCAUUUUGUCUGAAAAAGAUUGAGAAACAUUGCAUUGAAGAGUUCACCGUAAGGCAGUAA